GUGGUCAGCCGCCCGUUGCCCCUGGCGCCAACAUGACAGGUGUGUCCAUGGAUGCUAGUGGUGUUCUAUUCGCCCACUAUAACUGCCUGCCGUCGGUCAACUCCACAUAUACAAUGACCAGCUUGGUGCCCUGUAUGGUGGACUCUGGCUACUGGAUGACCCCACCCACCAACUGUCUAUAUACUAAUGGUUUCCAUGUAAACAUGAGCUCGGAGAUUGGAACUCAGACUGCACAUAACAUCACAUUUGCUGACAGAUCACUGAGACUCUACGCCAGUUCCACCAACAUCGAGAAUCUGGACAUCAAUUGUCUUCGUCUUGAUGUCGCUGGGCUGAACGGUUCUACAUUCGUGGAGGUAGAGGUCCCUGUGAAAAACAUUACACAGCUCUUUGAGUUUGUGUCAGUGGAACUUAGUCUGGAGACCAUCGAUAGCGAUACUGAGUGUGUUGAAUCUGCUCAAAUCUCCAGCAGUAUCGUCUUCGGGAUAAACUAUACAGGUCUGACAAACAUGACCGCCUCGGGGAUCUCAUGUCAACCGUGGCGGGAUACUACGCCUCACAACCACACCUAUAACAAUCCGAACAGUACGUCAUUUCCGGAUCCAAGCUUUGCAGACGUGAAGAACUACUGCCGCAAUCCUUUGAAGUCUGGCCAGUACAAAGAAAGGCCGUGGUGUUUCACCUCUAACUCUUCCGUCACUUGGGAAUAUUGUUCUAUCAGAGAGUGUAGUCGUUUUACUGUGGCGGUCAAGCUAGCCAGUGAUACCACCGCAGUCCAAACUUGUGGUCAGACGAGUUUUUAUAGAUCUCAAGCGGCCUCUAAGAUCAGCAUCAAAUGUCCAACAUCUCCGUCGUCCCCCUACGGCACUCGUGUAAGACUCAGUGUGAACUCAACCUUAGCUCGCUCGCUGUAUGUCUGCGACGCACUGGCCUAUGGAGUUGACUACACAAGCAAGUGUGGAGAGCCACGCUACCAGCGAGGCUGUAACUUGACCAGCUCUCUCAGCUACAACGAAGGCGCGGAAGCCGAGUUCGCCUGCGCCAAAGGUUACCACUACAUGCAAGGAGAUGGUCAAAUCAAAUGUCUGGGCAAUAGGACGUGGUCAACCCCGACACUAGUCUGUUCUGGUGACGUCAAUCAUGCAUACACGACGAGAAUUACGUCAGCACCCAUCCAGGACAAUGACGUCAACACCUGCUCGCCCUUAUAUUUUGGUCAAACCGUUGAAGUCCGGUUAGACUACACAGUGGAGGUACAGAAGGUGGCAGUUAUAUUUACAGGCAACCGUCCACAGAAUGUCACAGUGACCGCCUACAUCCCAGGUAAUCACACCCGGAACUGUCGAAGCGUGACGGAAACAACUUAUGGCUUUCUGUUCACUUGCGUCUCGUAUCCCAUCACGCAACGCAUUGUACUGACCUUCAGCUCGGCUGCUUCGCUGUGUGAGGUGAAGGUCUUUGGUAGGCAGUUUACUGGCGUCUUGGAAUGUAAACAAACUGAGUCGGGAGUUGAAUACAAAGGACACCUAAACUUUUCUAGCCAGGGCUACGAUUGUUCCCCUUGGGUAGUGAUCAACAAAACAGAGUUCUUAGAUUACGAAUUUUCCGACGGCGACAUAAGUGAUGUUCGUAACUACUGCAGAAACCCAGUUUUAAAAUCCACCGGCCAGCCAUUGUCCGGUUACAGACCUAUAUGUUACUACAGGAUUCCUGCCAAGAGUUUAACAGGCUGGGAUUUUUGUAACCUGUUUUCAUGUGAAAAAGGCUGCAGGGUGUCCACGGACGGACGUGAGUAUACCGGAAAGAUUGACCAGUCAAGGAAGAUUGCAAGCAACGCCGCCCCAUGUGCUGUCUGGAACUCUGGGUCAUCUCUCUUCAAGUUGAAAAGUGACUUCUCAGAAAGUAGUUCGCCCAGCAGCAAGUAUUGUCGUAACCCAGGAGUAUCCCAGGAAAGACCCUGGUGCUAUACUAAUACAACCUCACUGACCUAUGCCUAUUGCGAUAUACCAAUGUGUCCUACGGCUGAAAAUACUACUCACCUUAGUGUGGACUUGAACCAGACCAGUGAUCACUUCACACUGAAGACCUACGCGGAUACUUUCAGGGAAUGUCUGUUGACAGACUUCUACCAGGCCUCCUAUGCCCCGCCAAUAUAUGAUGCCGUAAUGACCCAGCUGUGUUACACCAACCCCGGCAAGCACAAAGACCUGCUCUGCCAUUACAAGUCCAAUACUAAUCUCAAUGACUAUGGCGAUGGCGCCUUGUGGAUGAGGGUACACAUCAUUUGUCCCUCAGAUCAUCUUGCAACCACCCCAGCGAUGACUUCAAUGGCAUCAACCUCAAACGCCUAUUUCAACAGCUCUGAAGCUACUAGCACGGCGCCUCAGUCCACACAGACUUCAUGGUUUAGCAUAGCGUCUACACAGACUUCACUGACCAGCAUGUCGACCCAGGCGUCCACACAGCAGAUCGUUGAAACUAGCACUUCUAAUGACACUCAGAGCUUGUGUCCCAUCUCAUGUCAUGUCAGAUGUUCACCCAACAUAAAUAUCAGUAUUGAAAUCAAGGUCUACAAGGAACAGAUCCGACAAGAGCUCUUGGUCAACACAAACAGUCUUUCGAAAACGAUUCGGACCAAGACGUCCGCCCCGGACCCGAGACCAACUGCCAGGGUGACAGGGGGUGUUGCCAUAGCAGUUGUGGUAGUUGUAACGGUUUGUUUACUAAGUGGUGAUGUUGUUACAUUGUCCUGUUUCAUAUAUUUGAAAUUUAAAGGGAAUUCCCUCUUGACCAUGCAGUAAGACUCCGUUCUUGCUCUAAUAUUUUAAAUGUGUCAUUUUUAUAUUGAUAAUGUAAUCAUUUUACAAGUUUAAUAUAUACACAUUAUUUCUUGCAUUCUUGUUGGUACUUUGAACACAUGAAAUAAAAUGUUAUAGAAUCAAAGUGAAACCUUUUUACUUGGGCUGUAGCUGUUAAUAUAUUAAAUUAUGUCGGGCUGCUUCGAAAUGUGUGUAUGCCCUAACUAAAUAACAAACAUUAGUGGCUGAGUGGUAAACUGUAUGGUUUCUGAACCACAGUAUUGGGUUCGAAUCCCUGUGUAGACUGGAUUUUUUAAUUUUUGUGAUUUUUUAGGAUAAUCCUGAGUUCACAAAACUCUAAUGGGUACCUGACCUCUGUUGUGGAAAGUGAAGGCGGUUGGUCAUUGUACUGGCCAUACAGCAUCCUUGUUAAACAAACAUAUAAAGACAGAUGCCCUUUACAUCAUUUGCCCCAUAGAUUGAAAGGUCUCAAAGAGGAACAUUACUUUUAUUAAAAACAAUAACAGUAUUUGUAGUCGAGAUAUAUUCUGAAAAAAGCUGAAUGUCUUCCACCUCUGAUGCCUAAGGCAGAUCUUGGAUCUUUAAAAUAAGUUGGCAAGAUAAGAUAACCAAUGAGGAAGUGCUACGAAGAGCAGAGUGCCAGGACAUCCGCUCUGUUAUCAGCAGCAGACGCCUUGGCCACGUUCGUAGAAUGCCAGUAGGUCGUCUUCCACAGGACAUUCUGUAUGGCGAUCUAAUAGUCGAGAAAUAUUACAAGCAGAAAAAUCCCCUAUCUGUAUUGUUACCCUUUUCAGUUUUUGAUUUGCUGUUACUCAAUAAAUACUUAACAUAUUUUAUAAUUCCUUCACUAAACUUAAGACUCAAGUGCUAUGACUUAUGAAUCGUGCAAUGGUCACAUUAGGAUUUUACUAGUAUAAGUCUCUCAAUACUGUCACAUUGGUUAUUCACCCAUAAUACUAAUAAUAGUUUUGAAUAAAGUUCACUACUUUUGGUAG